CAGCAAAGCUAAAACCAAAGCGGAACAGAGAAAAUCCUCCCAACUUUCCCUCGCAUUUUUCCUGGAUUUUCCUUCUACCGUCGGAAAAUCUCUCGGUUGCUGCUCAUGGAAUGGUAGAUUUGGAGUUUUGGUGCUUCACAUUUCCGAGGUGUUCACGGUUUCUUGAAGCCUUUCAGUAAUGGGCAAGUCUCCAGGAAAAUGGAUUAAGACUGUACUUUUUGGAAAGAAAUCUUCCAAGGGUAGCAAUCCUAAAAGAAGGGAGAAAGUUAUCAAUGAGAAAGAGGUGUUGGUUACUGCCAAGGGAUCUGAGUCUGAUGUGGCUGGGGCUCCUCCUUCAGCUUUGCGUCCAACUCCCACUUUGGCUGAUGGAGAUGAAAUGAAUUUGGAACUGGAGAGCAGGGAAGCUGCAAAUAUAUCAAAUGAUGGCAACAUUUCGUUGCCAGUUAGCCAAGGCAUAGACUUGCAGACAUCUACCCUCAAAGAGGCACCAUGUGACCCUGAAAUGAUCAGGAGGGAAGAAGCUGCAACCAUGGCACAGGCUGCUUUUAGGGGUUACCUGGCUCGACGGGCAUUUCGAGCUCUCAAAGGCAUAAUAAGGCUGCAGGCACUUAUACGUGGUCACUUGGUUAGGCGACAAGCUAUUGCUACAUUGUGCUGUGUGAUGAGGAUUGUUAGGUUACAGGCACUUAUUCGUGGAGUAAAGGUCAGGAAUUCUGAUAUUGGGCUUGAAGUGAACAAGAAAUGCAGUCAAGUGAGAACUCUGCUCACAAUCACCAAGAACACAGAGGCUGGUUCAAUCAGGUAGCAAGGGUGGGAACAAAAAUGGAAAUGGUAAGAGAAUGUUGUUUUGUUAACAGAUCAAAAUUUUCAUUUCUUGCCUGCUUAAUAAGAAUGAACAAUUACUUAAUACAUUAUUUUGAUUGCAUAUGAAUUAACUAACUAUGCAUGCCUUCCUUGUGUUUGAUUGUGCAGAAAGGUGCAAGUGGAGUGGAGAAGGUGAUUCUGAUCUCUAUGGACGUCCAAACUAAGAAUGCAUGCUCUCAUUAGCAUAUGCUUCCCUUCAACUAAAUAUGCAUGCCCUCAUUACCAUAUUGUCAUGAUUCUUGUUGCGGUUUUAUGUUUUGUUUUGGUGUAUGAUUUAGUGGAAUCAUUGUGAAAGUGAGACUGGGGAUUGGGUGUCUAAUAGUAAGUUGUGUGUGCCUUUUUUUCUUUCCCAAUUUCACAUUGUUCAUGGGUGUGUAAAUCAAUAGGUUUUGAAGUCUGAACAUGCUAUAAUCAUACAUUAAUUUCGAACUGUUGCUGGUUUGACAUGAUUUCCAGUUGUUCGUAGUCUAACUAUACAGUGCU